AUGGUCACAACAGAUUCCUACAUCGAUGAAACAAUAGAGGAAGGAAAGGGCACCAAGAUUUAUGUUUUUGAGAAUAAUAACACAAAGCAAUACAGAACAUGGUCUGACUAUCAAACAACCUCUGAUUAUAGUUCCCACUCCAUUGUUAAGUAUUCAAAGAGAUCCGGUUCUACUAAGUUUGCUAGCAAGUUUGCUAAGUUCAUCAUCACUGUCGGAAACUAUCCAAAGGUUUAUUCAAAGGAUGACAAAGGCAUCGAAGUAGUAACAUUGAAGACAAGUUUUCCACUUUGGGCUAUUAUUUUAAUUGUUGCUAUCAUUGUCAUCAUUGGCUGUAUCCUUUGCUGCGUUUGCUGCACAUGCUGCUGCUGCAAUGCUUGCUGUGCAAGCUGCUUCGCAUGCUGCUGCGCUCCAAGUGUUUCAAGCCCAGAAGAUGCAAAGGCCGCGGAAGUUUAA